AUGGCCAGGAUACUAGCGGUGGCGCUGGCACUGUCCGCGGUGGCAGUGAUCGGUGGCGAAGGGCAGUUCCUGGCCUUCGACCAGCACGCGACCGAGUGUGCGCUGUACGUGCACGGGCCGGGCAAGUCGUCCGCCUUCGACUACAACCUGAACCUGUUCCGCGGCGCAAUCGCGCAACCGGUGCAUACCGCCGAGGCGACUACCUGCAUCACGUACGAUGCGAUCAAUCAGGCGUACGUGGACGCCCGGAAGCGGAUCCGCGUGUCGCAGCCGAAAGGCGACUGGAAGACGGAGGACAUCGCGACCGUCGGCGAGCUGCUGCUGGACAUCUCGAUCCAACUGGCACGGACCUACGGGCUAUCGUACGAAGAGAUCGAGAAGGGUCUGCCGUCGAUCGACACGUCGAAGACGCUCGUGCGGGAGGUGUGCCCCGCGUUCCUGUCCGGGGUUGAGUGCCGGCCGGGCAAGUACCGGCGCGUGGACGGGCUGUGCAACAACCUGAAGCACCCGACGUGGGGCGCCGCGAUGACGCCGUUCCAGCGGCUGAUCGGGCCACUGUACGCGGACGGCAUCAACGCGCCGCGCAUCUCGGUCGCCGGCCACGAGCUGCCGCUGUCGCGCGUCGUGUCCCGCACGAUCCACCCGGACGAGGGGUACCACGACCACGCCGGCACCGUGUUCGUGAUCGCGUGGGGCCAGUUCAUGGACCACGACUUCACGCUGACCGCCACGCCGCUCGACCCGAUCAACCGGAACGACCCGGAGGAGUGCUGCAAGCGGCCACCGCACCUGAAGCACCCGUACUGCAAUGAGAUCCGCGUGCCGGACGACGACUACUUCUACCGGCUGUUCGGCGUCAAGUGUAUCGACUUCGUGCGCGGGUUCCCGUCGCCGCGGCCUGGCUGCCGGCUGGGGUCGCGCCAGCAGUUCAACACGCUCACGUCCGUCAUCGACGGCAACACGAUCUACGGGGUGAACGAGAAGUUUACGCGCAAGCUGCGCACCGGGUACAACGGGCUGCUGCGCAUGAACCCGGUGUUCGCCGAGUACGGGCUGAAGGACCUGCUGCCGCUGAAGCUGGACGUGCCGGAUGAGGGGUGCACGCGCCCGAACAAGAGCAUGUUCUGCUUCGAGGCGGGCGAGAUCCGCGUCAACGAGCAGCUGGUGUUGACCUGCAUGCACACGCUGCUGGCCCGCGAGCACAAUCGCAUCGCGACCGAGCUCGGCAAGCUGAACCCGCACUGGGACGACGAGACGCUGUUCCAGGAGGCGCGCCGCAUCAACAUCGCCAUCAUCCAGCACAUCACGUACAACGAGUUCCUGCCGAUCCUGCUCGGCAAGGAGGUGAUGGAGAAGUUCGGGCUGCUGACGCUGAAGGAGGGCUACUGGGACGGGUACGACGAGACGGUCAACCCGGCGAUCAUCGACUCGUUCGCGUCGGCCGCAUUCCGCUUCGGCCACUCGCUGCUACCGACCGCGGUCGAGCGCUGGUCGAAGGCGCACAAGUUCAUCGCAUCGAAGCGGCUGUCCGAUCUGAUCCGCCGCCCGUACGACCUGUACCGGGCCGGUGUCUACGACGAGUACCUGAUGGGCCUGAUGAACCAGGUGGCGCAAGCGAUGGACGACUCGAUCACGCAGGAAGUCACCAACCAUCUGUUCAAGAAGGAGGGCGCCCGCUUCGGCAUGGACCUCGUCUCGUUCAACAUGCAGCGAGGCCGCGAGUUCGGCGUUCCCGGCUACAUGGAGUUCCGCAAGUUCUGCGGUCUGCCCACCUCCGACAACUUCGAGGAGCUGUUCGGUUCGAUGCCCAACGAGACCGUGCGCCGCUACGAAAGUAUCUUCGAAUAUCCGGCCGACGUCGAUCUCUGGUCAGGCGGUGUAUCGGAACGGUCGCUUCCGGGCUCGAUGCUGGGGCCGACCUUCGCCUGCAUCAUCGCCACGCAGUUCAGCUACGUGCGGCGGGGUGACCGAUUCUGGUACGAGCUGCCCAACCAGCCGUCCUCGUUCACGCCCGAGCAGCUCCAGGAAAUCCGCAAGGCCAAGCUGUCCCGGCUGAUCUGCGACAACACGGACCUCAUCGAUACGGUCCAGAUCUACCCGAUGGUGUUGCCCGAUCACGAAAUAAACCCACGUGUGCCAUGUAAGAGCGGAAUUCUUCCGUCGAUCGAUCUGUCCAAAUGGGCCGACUACGGUCACGAGACCCACUCGCCGCAUCAGUAUCAAUUCUUGAACGACAUACCGGAAACGAUUGGAUUUAAGAAAUAA